AUGUCGUUCCAGAACUCCUCUGCCCUCGAAUCGCAACCUACGAACUGGCGACGUGAAGACGAUCCGCAGUAUGCCGAUGAUCCAGAGUUCCGCGAUUUCGCCCAAGAGCUUUCAGAUAAACUCUUCUCCCUCACGAGAAAUGUCACACAUCUUUCCGACCAAAUCGCCAUUCUUGGUACCAAGCGGGAGUCCCCACGUGUAAGGGAGCGGGUGCGCGAGAUCAUUGAUGAUACGAGCGCAAGCUUCAAAGAGAUCGGAGAUGGAAUAAAGAAGAUCACAACAUGGCCAGACGUAGGGCCCAGCCAGAAGUUUACGCAGGGAAAACUGAACCGUGAGUUCAAGGCGUCGCUCACCGAGUUCCAACAUCUGCAACGCCAAGCUAUCGAGAAGGAAAAGGCUUCCGCUUCGGCCGCACGGGCAGCUCUACAGGAGUCGACUUCGCCGACCGAGGAGCGUGGCCAGUUUGGCCAACAACAAGAGCAAGAACAGUUGCGGUUAGCUUCGCAAGAUGAAGUUGACUUCCAGGAGUCCCUCAUCAUUGAGCGUGAAUCCGAGAUCCGAAACAUUGAGCAAUCUGUUGGCGAGUUGAAUGAAUUGUUCCGCGACGUAGCACACAUGGUCCACGAGCAGGGAGAACAACUCGACAUCAUUUCAGAGAAUAUUGAGACGACGCACGAUGCGACCCAAGGCGCCCACAAGAACCUUGUCCAAGCGAACAGGUAUCAGAAAAACGCCAGGAGCAAAGCCUGCAUUCUCUUGAUCAUCCUGGCCAUUGUUCUUACCAUUAUCAUUUUGGCUGUUGUUCUGGAUUAG